AUGGAGCUUCGUCAUCGGUCACAUCUGUCAACAGCUGGAGAUGACUCGAGAUCGCCGCCAGUGUCGACCGCGCCAGCUCCGACAGUACCGCAGCGUUCGCCAGUAAACCACUUUGCACUCUUCUCCUUCCUUCUGGUCUUCCGCAUCCUGGUCGCCCUGGGCACAAGAACGUUCUUCCAGCCCGACGAGCACUACCAGACCACCGAGAUUGCGCAUCGCAUCGUCUUUGGCUAUGGCUUCAAGAGCUGGGAAUGGUCUUCUAGCAAUGACGUUUCUUCGCUCUCCAAAUCUUACUUCAGAGCUGCGCUGCGCAACCUGCUCCACGGACCGAUUCGCUCGAUCCUCCAUCCGCUACUCUUCGUGCCCGGCUACACGCUGCUCAAGCUGACAGGUCUCGAUCAGACCUCUCUGCUCGUCCUCUUCCCUCGGCUUCAACAAGCGGUGAUCGCAGCCGUCGGCGACCUUUACACGUUUCGACUAGCCAACCGCGUCGGUGGACCUGUCGUCGCAUGGCUUGCCACCCUCGUCAAUCUCUCCAACCUGUACACGCUGUUCACGGCAACGAGGACGUUAAGCAACUCGACCGAGGCGGCGAUUACAGCGGCGGCGCUCUUCUACUGGCCGUACGUGCCGUUCUUUUCGUCGCGCUUCGACGUCAAUACCUUCUCGACGGUCCAGGAGCGAGUGAAGCUGCAGGCGUUGCAAAGCCCAGGAUGCAUCUGGCAGCAGUCGGCUCCGAAAGAGACGUAUACGGACCUCAGCGACCAGACAGAGUACGACAGGGAUUUGGACCAGAAGCAGAUUUCGAGGCUCGUGUACGACCGGACGCUUCGAAAAAGUGUCGUGCUUGCGGCUCUGGCGUGUUUGUUGCGUCCGACGAGCGGAGUGCUGUGGGUGUUCCUGGCCGUGGAGCUGUUGGUGCGUCAAUUGCAUUGCCUUCACCCGAAAUCUUCACCUGCAUCCGGCGGCAAAGGCAAGCUCGGCGGCGAGGCGGAACAACAGGAAGGAUCGGUGCUUCCUCUGCUCGAACUCAUCGGCGAGGCUGGCAGCUUUGUCAACAUCCUUCUGACUACCGCUCUCGCCGCCCUUGGUCUCGCUCUCGCGGUCGACACGGCCUACGACUGUCUCGAGAACCAAGCACCGCGAGGCGGUCGGCUACUACCCGCGCUCAGCCUAGUCUCGUUCCUGCACAAGAACGUCGUCUCCAACAUCAGCAUCUUCUACGGCGCCAAUCCAUGGCAUUUCUACCUCUCUCAAGGUCUGCCCGUGCUCUGCACCACCUGGCUACCCGCAACGCUCUUCGGCCUGAUCACAGCACUGCAAGUCGACACAAACGCCGUGAUGCGACGGAGCCUGGGCGACAGUGCCAAGCGGUCGCUCGCAAAGCUCGUCUGCGUCACGAUGGCGCUCUACUCGCUGUUGGGCCACAAAGAGUUCCGCUUUCUCCAACCGCUUCUCCCUGCGCUCAGCGUGCUUGCUGCUAGCGGGCUUGCAGAAUCCUACGCGCGCGACCCGCAGUCGAUCGCGAGGCUACGCCAAUCAGCAACCCCACCCAAACAGCUAUGGCGAUCGCUCAACGUGCUGCCGUUCUGGCUUCGCGCUGUUCUCCUUACCUUUCAACCAAUGGCCGCGGUGUACCUGAUCACCGUCCAUUCCGUCGCCCAAGAACAAGUGCCGUAUAAGCUCGGCCAGCUGUACCGCCAACAACAGCUCUCGCCUCCCACGGAACCCGUCGAGUUUGGUCCGGACUUUGGUCGAAUUCACAACCUGGGCUUCCUCAUGCCGUGCCACUCGACGCCGUGGGCGACGCACCUGCAUGACCAACAGCUGGUCGAGCGUAGCUGGUUCAUCGAGUGUCCCCCACCCCCUUCCUCGAUGACGCCAGCACAGAAGGGGAGGGAAUACUGGGAUCAGAGCGACUUUUUCUACCAUGACCCGAUCCGGUAUCUCGUCGACCGCUUCCCGUACAAUGUCGACACGACCUAUCCCUCCGCGCCUGACCCGAUUAGGGGGGCUGGGGAGAAUCCUUGGGAUAAAGGCUGGAGACAUUCCUGGCCAAGCCAUUUGGUCGUCUUUGAGAGUCUGUUGAAGGAAGGGACGCGGAAAGCGGGGCACACGAGGACGCUGAAGAAUCUACUGAGCUUGAAAGGGUACAGAGAGGUGGGGAGGUAUUGGAAUACGCCCAAGCACGAGGAUCCCAGGAGGGACGGGGAUAUCGUCGUGCUCGCGUACAAGGGCCCGCAGUCGCAUCGCUAG